CUCAUGCACUACAACAAGUAGAAGCAUGUGUGCUAUUGGUCAAAGCAUAUGUAAUAAUAACAAGUGCUGAGCCAAACAUGGCAGUAUUAGCAGCAAUUUCUUUCUCCGACCAUUUCUCAUGAUCGUCCAAACCCAAUUACCUAUUGCUUGUUUUCUUCCUCUAAUCUCAAUAUUCUCAAAAUGCUAGUGGAUCCGGACAAGCAUCCAUCUUUCUGCAAACUAUUAUUUAAACUAGGUUUUAUGAAUAAAAUACUAAUGCCGCCUGUUUUCAUCAAAGAAAACAAGAAGAUGUUGGCCAAGACAUGUUUAUUGAAAACCAACGCAGUUGGACUGAUAUGGGAGGCAAAAAUAGUGAGAGAAAACUCCAAUUACUUCAUAUGUGAUGGAGACUGGCCACAAUUUGUGGUGCAUCAUAAAUUGGAGUUGGGGGAUAUUUUGAUCUUCUUUCUCAUUGACAAAUCAACAUUCCAAGUCCUGCCUUACAACCAGAAAAGUUGUAAAAGCUUUAGUGGCAAAGGAGUAUUUCAGGAGCUCAGCAGUUCAUCGGCAGAGGAACAUGACGUUGGAAUCGCAAGAAAAUUGAAGAAGAUUAAAAUGGAGCCAAAAGAAUCUUCAGAGGAGGAAAAAGCAGAGGGUGGAAAUGGAAAAAAGGGUCCAAAGAAGAACAGAUUCAGUGUGGUGAACUUAAACAGCAAAGAUCCAUACUUUGAAAUGGUUGUGAGAAAGACACAUUCAAUUUUUAUGACCAUCCCGCUGAGCUUCGCUAAAGGGACGGGCAUGACUAACAUGAAGAAAAUGAGACUGGUAAACGAAAAAGGCAAUGAGUGGAAAUUAGUGGACAUAGUGCAUACUCGCUACAGGGUUUUAAUAAAGGGAGGAUGGGCUGAAUUUCGAACUCGUAACAAAAUAGCCAAUGGCCAGACUUGUCGAUUCAAGUUGAUUAAGGGAAACGGUUGUGGGAAUAAUGUUUUACAGGUUCAAAAGAUCCCCAAACCCCACUCCUUGCAAUAGGCUACAAUUUGUAUAUGUACUAAUGGUUUCUUUUUGUUGCAUUGGCAUUCUCUUUGUAAUGAAGAUGGGGAGCUAGAACUUGUUGGCAUCUUAAAUUUGUCCGGUAUGUUAAUGGAACUUGCUUUAUCC